AUGUCUUACCGCAAGAAUGUAUUUCUCCGAUGCAGUAUGGGAAAUGUGGAAGCCAUGCUACGCAGCGUAGAUAUGCACGAGAUCUUGUUCCACUCAAAGGUGAAGCCGCCGAAAUCCCCCCUAGCGGAGUGCCUGCGACUCGAACCCAGCUCCUCCCCCACAAUCAUUCACUCCCCGAGCCUCUCCAUCGCCUCGGAGGAGUCGAUGGACUCCAUACUCGCCCUGCCGCCCGCUGUGUGCGGGCAUGAUGUGCCCCCUAUGUCGCCCUGCCCGCCGGGCGAGCUUGAGAUGCGGCAGCUUAUUUACAAACUUUGUCGCUCCUUGUAUAAAAAGGCAAUACAAAAAAUAGGUGGUGGCCAGGUGAGGCAUUCCAGCGCGGUCCCCGUGGAUUCGAAAUACGAGACCAACAUGUCGCAUAUGUCGGAUUGGAUGCCACUGCUUCAUUUGUUUGAGCCAAACCGAUACUACGAGAUGCUAGAAAAGCCCUACAUGUCAAUGGUUGCGAUGGAGUUCCCGUCAACGCAGCACGCGAAUCACACGUCAGCGAAAUCCCCAACCGAGGCCUUGCAGCUUUUUAUGGACGAGCUAAUUGUCGAGAAGCUCUCUGGUGGAAAUAGCAACCACGUCUACCAACUAGGGCAUCCCCACUACCCAGGCAGGAGCAUUUUGGUUCGUUUGUAUGGCAAUGUCAGCGGUGAGGUCAUCGACCGUUACCGAGAUGUUAUGGCAUCAAAGCAAAUGAGUGAUGCGAAGCUGAGCCCUGUCGUACUCCACUACUUUAAGUGGGGUCGCGUCGAGGAGUUUAUGGAUGACGUGGCAACUGGAAGCACCGAUUUGCUUUUUGAGAGCCCAACGCUGCUUUCGGAGGUGUUUAUGGGGAUGUCAGUGAUGCACAAACUGCCUGUAGAACCGUUUUUGCCAGAGAACGCUAAUGUCGCGUGGUUUGCAAAGAACGGUCAGCCCAAAUGUCUGGAACAUCUGCAGUACAUCGGAUCCGAGGACUACCUAACCAAGAGUGUGUCUAUUAUAUCCAAGAAACUUCGUGAAGCUCAGUGCAACAAAUAUUACAAGAGUAAUACAGAGUAUAAAAUCUUGGAGGAAGUGUGCCCCUCCUCGUUUGAGCGUGCGAGCCUGCGGUAUCUACGCCUUAUUAGUGUUUCCAUCAAAGAUGAAUACUGCGAGAGCUUUGUGGAUUUUAUCUGUCAUGAGAUACUCCGGGUGCGUGAAGUGUUCCUGAAAAAGUCAAUCCCGCUCACCUUCUCACAUAAUGACCUCAAUCCCUGGAAUAUUCUGAUUUCUUGGAAAAAGGUAACUGCCAAAUUCAGGAAAUCCAACGUCAGCAUCAGCGAAGAUGAUGAAGUGACCUCAAUCCUAUCAGAUCAAAGCAGUUUACUGAGUAGAAAGUUUUUAACGAAAAAGGGGCACCACAAGAACCUGGUCGACCUCAAGGGCUUGCUCUUCAUUGAUUUUGAAUACUCCGAUGUCAACUAUCGGUGCUUCGACCUCGGCAACACGAUCUGCGAACUGGACUAUGACUAUACUCGCGGGAUGGAGGAUGGCGGACCGGGCUUCAUUAAGUACCUAUACACAUUUCCCCCUCCAGCGUAUGAGUUGCAAUGGAAGGAUCUACCCAUUGAGUACCCACGAAUGGCGGAGGUCAUUUACGAUACCUGGAAGCACUUUUCAAUGCAUGACGACAGCAAAGACACGCCCGGGUUCGCAUAUGGAGAACACUACCUCAAUGCGAUCGCCGCUUACUACCACGACCAGAACCCCGCAGCUGAUGCUACCCACGUGUCGCUCACCCAGCUUGGCGAAGUCUUCCUUGGAAUGUUGGCUUCGCACCUUUAUUGGUCCCUGUGGUCCUUUGUCAUGGCUUGCAACUCAGACAGCUUGACAAACAAUGUUGAUGACGGUCUCUUUUCGAGGGGAAGUAGUGGGUUGGAUUACUUAAAGUAUGGGAACUGUCGUCUGAAGGAGUACUUUGCAUUAAAGUCCUGGUUGGAAAAACAUGACUUUCUUUAA